AUGGCGAUCGAUGCGAUACUGAAGUCGCGGCCCAUCUCUCAUGAUCUGUCUCAGCGGGCCGUACAUAAGGUCAUUGAGGUGGGGUAUCAUGAUAUACGGAAGCUGGGGGGGAGCAGCUGGGAGGAGCGAACGAGGGUGCUGAGUGACGGGGGAUAUAAUCGAUAUAGGGAGCAGGGGGCGACGAAUCUGGGCGAUUUGGCGGAGUUGGUGAAUGAUAAGUAUGAUGGAGAUCUCAACAACCUCUUGAAGAAGGCCCACAACGAUCGCAAUGAGACCAGGCAGUUGGUCAAGGAGAUUAAGGGACUCGGUGAUCUGGGCGCUGAUCUGUUCUUCAACAAUGUGCAGAGCGUGUGGCCCUCGAUGGCCCCGUUCAUCGAUGGGCGCAGCUUGCAAACGGCGGAAUAUGUCGGGAUCGGGACGGAUCUGGACGCCAUCUAUGCGGACCUGGGACGCGACUCGAUGCGGAUGAGUCGAUUGGCCAAUGGACUUCGGAUUGUCAACAUCGCUGUUGGUGUGCUCAUGGUCCUGGGAGGUAUCUCGCAGUUCUUCCCGGCGUCCAUGAGCUCCAUCAUCGUUGGCAUCUAUGUGAUCAUCUUCGGUCUCAUUGUCGGUGGACUCGAGUUCCUGCCCAACGUUCCGGACUACGUCUACCGUUAUGCGUCUUUCCUCUUCUCCUUCCUGGGACGUGGUGGUUUCUACAUCUUUGUCGGAUCGAUCCUGCUGCACGACGCCGUGUUGCGCUACAUUGCGGGCUCCCUCAUCGGCGUCAUCGGCCUGGGCUACCUGGCCCUGGAGUUCAUUCCCUCCAUCGAGCCUCCGUCCAACAUGCGCGAGACCGACCAGGGCUGGGGCGCCGAGCAGGUCUAA